UAUUUCUUAAUCUGCAGCGCUCAGCACUGCACCUCGAAAAGCCAAACACCAGAGCACCCUAGAAAGCUUCACUAAAAGAAUGCUCAUGUUUGACCCAGUUCCUGUCAAGCAAGAGGCCAUGGACCCUGUCUCGGUGUCCUACCCAUCUAAUUACAUGGAGUCCAUCAAGCCCAGCAAGUACGGAGUCAUCUACUCCACACCAUUAUCCGACAAGUUCUUCCAGACCCCGGAAGUCCUGUCGCACGGCAUGCAGAUGGAGCCGGUGGACCUGACCGUGAACAAGCGGAGCUCGCCGCCCUCGGCCGGGAGCUCGCCUUCCUCGCUGAAGUUCCAGCCCUCGCACCGCAGGGCCUCGCCGGGGCUCAGCAUGCCGUCGUCCAGCCCGCCCAUGAAGAAGUACUCGCCCCCGCCCCCGGGCGUGCAGCCCUUCAGCAUGCCGCUGUCCAUGCCGCCGGUGAUGGCCGCCGCCCUGUCGCGGCACGGCAUCCGGAGCCCGGGGAUCCUGCCGGUCAUCCAGCCCGUGGUGGUGCAGCCCGUCCCCUUCAUGUACACCAGCCACCUCCAGCAGCCGCUCAUGGUGUCCUUGUCCGAGGAGAUGGAAAACUCCAACAGUAGCAUGCAAGUACCUGUAAUUGAAUCAUAUGAGAAGCCUAUAUUACAGAAAAAAAUUAAAAUAGAACCUGGGAUCGAACCACAGAGGACAGAUUAUUAUCCUGAAGAAAUGUCACCCCCUUUAAUGAACUCAGUGUCCCCCCCGCAAGCAUUGUUGCAAGAGAAUCACCCUUCAGUCAUAGUACAGCCGGGGAAGAGACCUUUACCUGUGGAAUCUCCAGACACCCAAAGGAAGCGAAGGAUACACAGAUGUGAUUAUGAAGGAUGCAACAAAGUGUACACUAAAAGCUCUCACUUGAAAGCACACAGAAGAACACAUACAGGAGAAAAACCCUACAAAUGCACAUGGGAAGGAUGCACAUGGAAAUUUGCUCGGUCUGAUGAACUCACAAGACAUUUCCGAAAACACACUGGGAUCAAACCUUUCCAGUGUCCGGACUGUGACCGCAGCUUCUCCCGUUCUGACCACCUUGCCCUCCAUAGGAAACGCCACAUGCUCGUUUGAAUGUCUCCGUCUCUGCCUAGGCACACGGCUCCCCACCCGCCCAGCUCUCUCUGUCCUUCCUCCCGUUGUCUAACUCAUUUUUUACAUGUACAUUUUAAUUUUGAUUCAGCUGGUCUGAAUCUCUGAAUUUAUAUCAGUCAAACUUCCAUAUGGUCAGUAGUAAAUAUUCUCUAAUCCUCCCUCCUUACCACGGGUCAGACCUAAAGAAUGUGAACACUUUUUUUUUUUUUUUUUUCCGGGGAUGCUAAGCAAACCCUUCUUACAGAUAAGUUUAAUGUAAUGAGAACAAGGGAACAUGUAAACUAACAGAACCCGUUGUCGGUUUGUCCAUGUAUUCCUCAAAAGAAUGUCAAAAGUAAAUGUAUUAGAAAUACAGUAUCCAGCCUUGCUAGUCCUUGCCAGAGACAUUCAUACCCCUGAGCCUGUGACUGCAUUCUGUGCUGCCCAGAGGGAAGACGGUGGACCCCUUCCCAGGUCAGCUAGAAGGGCAGCAAGAUUCCAGGCGAGUGCAGUCAGUGCUUCCAUUAUCCUUCACCAAUCUUGCUUGUCAACUUGGAUUUAUCACUUCAUCGACAUUAAGUCCUUUAACCUCCUUUGUGCCUGCAGCUAAUAAGGAGGACUUUGCCACCAGUGGAAGAGAAGCUAGAGUUGUUGACGUAGGGAGGGGGUCUCUGUCAGUUCAAGGGAUGGAUGCUGUAUUUGCAUCGCACGGAGUUGGAGCAAGGGCGCAAAGGAGGAAGCCAGCCAGGGGUUUUUAGUGAGGUUUCAUCAGUUGGUGAUCUGUGCAGUGCAUUCCUAGAACUUCAGUUUCUGCACAUUCAGCUCUGCAGAACCGUCCAGCGAAGCCAAAUACUGAUGGGGUUACCCAUGCACUGAUCUCCUGGCCUAUAAUGUCCUUAUUGUAGAUCAUCAAGCAUUGAGAGUAGGGACGCCACAAAAAUACUUGACCCAUAAUGGGGAAGAGUCUUUUGGAUUGGGGUCUGAAUGGCUCCUUUACCCAAUCCACGGAGAGCCUUUCUGCAAACAGGGCAACGUUGAGCGGUAAUUCUAUUCCCAAAUCAAAUUACUCCUAUAGCUUUCGUACAGAAAGUGUGAGUAACAAGGUGCCAAAUUGGCUGUCAUUGGUGUUCAUGACGCACAUCCCAGGUAAGCAUCUGCUAAGUAGAUUCAUUAAGACCUGAGUGACGCUCUUUGUAAAUAGUUGUGAAGCACACAGACCUUUAUUGGGGGAGGGGGGGGGGGGGGUGUUUGGACAGAUUCCUAAAAAAAUAGAAAAUCACAGUUCAGGGAUUCAUCUACGUAGCUCAAUAAUUCCCAAAGUUUACUGUUGGAGCUGGCACUCUCACUGUCAAGUAUCCUGUCAGAAGAACAAACUGAAAUGACUCGUGUUCAUGUUCAAGACAAACAGCACCAUUACUUGGACACUUCUCAAAAGUAGGCUUUUGAGCAUCAUAGUCUAAAUGCCAAUAAAAAUAAUUCGUGUAGAAAUGCCUUGGUUCUGAAUUGGGAAGGCAGUGGCAACGGUGGUCAAAAGUGGGCACGUGUGACCAAAUGCCCCUUCAUAAAGGACGGGGAAGAGAAGAAUGGAGUCCUGAAGAUUUCGUCCGAGCCACUACUCAGGAUCCAACACAACUUUAGCUGGGAGGAGUACACUUUUCAAAGCAUCGGUGAAGAAUGAUUCUGGAGGCCUGCGAAUUGUGUGGGGAGCUUACUUUGGCGCUAUGUUAAUGAAAGUAGUUGUAAGGACUGCACACCUAGAGGUCCCACUCAACAGCUCUCUGAACCAUCUGAAAGGAAAUGUACAGAAAUGCAAAAUAAUUUGUUAUCUGGCACUUGGUUUUUACUUUUUUUUUAAGCACUGCAAAAUUCGUUUAGAAUAUUAAAACAUCCUAAAUUGGGCUUUUU